AUGAUUGAGACUGAGGAAGGUAUUGACUGGGCAGUCGGUGAAGCCCUUGCUUUCGCUACAUUGCUUGUGGAGGGAAAUCAUGUCAGGUUAUGUGGGCAGGAUGUUGAGCGAGGUACUUUCAGCCAUAGACAUUCUUUUAUUCAUGAUCAGGAAACUGGGGAAAGAUACGAUCACGUUAUGAUGAACCAAGACGAAGAGUUGUUUACUGUGAGCAACAGUUCUCUGUCAGAGUUUGGAGUAUUGGGAUUUGAAUUAGGUUAUUCAAUGGAAAACCCCAAUUCUGUGGUACUGUGGGAAGCCCAAUUUGGCGAUUUUUCCAAUGGAGCUCAGAUGAGUGAUGAUAAUCCCUAUGUUAUCCCUGAGAUGGACCCAACCUUCCGGAAACAGAUUCAGGAAUGCAACUGGCAGGUGGUUAAUGUGACUACACCAGCAAAUUAUUUCCAUGUUUUACGGCGCCAGAUACAUAUGGAAUUCCGUAAACCUCUGAUUGUGAUGUCGCCAAAGAAUUUACUCCGCCAUAAGGAUUGCCAAUCUAAUUUGUCCGAGUUCGAUGAUGGUGCAGGCCACCCAUGUUUCAACAAACAAGGAACCAGGUUUAAACGCCUGAUGAAGGACCAAAAUUACCACUCAGAUCUUGAAGAGGGUAUCAGACGUCUGAUUCUUUGCUCUGAGCGGAAAAAGAUUGGCGGAAAGGACAUUGCAAUUUGCAGGGUGGAACAGCUUUGUCUCUUCCCCUAUGACCUCGACCAACGUGAACUGAAGAGAUAUCCGAAUGGGGAGAUUGUGUGUGUGGUGCCAGGAAGAGCCAAUGAACAUGGGUGCAUACAGCUACAUCGUGCCUCGUCUUGGAACUGCCAGGCACUGUGGAUGAAAUCAAGUACGUGGGCCGCGGCCCAUCUGCAGCCACCGCUACUGGAUUUUACCAAGUCCACAUCAAAGAGCAAAAUGAGAUCGUCCAGAAAGCCAUGCAAACUAUAA